ACAUUACUUUUAUAUCAUUGUUAAUAGAAUAUAUAUAUGUCAGCUGCACUUUGGUUGUUUCUGAUUAGAGAAUGGUCAGAGAGUAGAAUUCCUGCAGCGAGCGCGCGCACUGAACAAAACAUUUCAGCGAUGACUCCUCUUAACGCCUCUGAUUGGUCUUUGCAUUCAUAAACUCAACAGAAUCGUGUGUGAUUGGUUACAAGGUGCAGCGCUGUAAAAACGCGUCUGUCUCUGGCUCAGCGCCAGCCAAAGCGCGAAGCAACUGAUGCUGUGCCGCACUGAAUGUUCUAAUCACGCCGGUGUAUAUAAAAAAUAUUAUUCGGCUAUUUUUUUGUCUUUUGGAAGCUGCAUUCAAAAUCCACUUGACUCAGAAAUCUGAGGGGGCACUAAUCAUUUGUUUUGAACCAGUGAUUUAGAGAGCGUAUCAAACGACUGCCAAAGUCACGUGAUUUCAGUGAAACCGGCUUCAUGUUACUAACGUUCGGAAAUUUCAGUGGUUCCCCGCUAGGGGCGCUAGAGAUAUACAUAAGUAUAUCAGAACUCACAGCCAACCGCUUCGAGGUGGAUAGCCUAGUGGACAGCGCGCCGACAUGGAAUGCCGAUACUCAUCGGGCAACUGGAGUUCGAGUCCCAGCUCGCGAACUUCCAAUUCGCUUCAAAUGGGAUGUCAUGUCAUUUCGCUUCAAGACCGAUGUCAUGUCAUUCCUGUGAGCGGUCUGUGAUUCAACAUGAAUAAACAGCUCGACAGCUCGACAUCGGCUCGAUGGUAUCCUCGCGGAUGGCACCGCAAGACGAAAGUGUGCUUUAUCGACAUGUGCACUUUGGACAUCCGUGGUUCAACAUGAAUGAACAGCACAACAUCGAGUCAACUGCAUUCUCGCGGGCAAGGCAUAAGUGUGCGCUUCGGACAUCCCGAGUCCCGCAACAGCAAUUUCAGAUUGCCGAGAAUUUGGCAUCAUGUCUUCUUAUAAGUAUCCCUUGCAAGUGUUUCACCUCAGUGUGACGGGCUGGAUCUCUGGAUUUCUGGACUGGAAUACAAGUGCAAAUCCGGACAAGACCAUUGAUCAUCAAACAACUAAGUUGAGAAGGUUCAAAAGGACACGCAUACGAAAACUGCAUUCAUGAAUAUGCAACAGACUGUGUUUGUAGCUGUUGAGACCACUGGUCCCUCUUCCAAUUCAUCAAGCCACGAGGAUGAUGUGUCUCUCAACUGCAGCAUAACAAACGAAGGAUUGUCCGUUCCUUGCAUGAGCGCCGCUGAUGUGGAAGCUUGCAUUGAAAUGUUAAAUUCACAUCCAGGUCCACUGUUGUUCACAAACGGAGAGAUCUUCAGACAGUCUGAGAUCUUGAGCUGGAAUGAAUUGCGCUUAACAAGAGAGCCAGUAUGCUUGAUCAAACUGAAACGAGAAAACAAAAUCAAGUCCUGCUAUGGAGUCUACUUGGGGAAUGAUUACACCUUGACUGCCUGUCAUACAUUUGAGUUCGCUCGUCUAUAUGACGCCUAUGUUUUCUUCCCCACCACAGACUUUGUUCUGAUUUAUGAGGCAGAACUUCCCAAAGAACAGCACAUGUUUCAUGACAAAGAUCAGUGCCUUGUUAAAUUACUCGGGCAAACAGAUGUUUUGGGUAAAGGUUUACUCAACCGCAUUUGUGCACCCGGUAAGAACGAGGAUUUAUAUUUCUACACAUUUGAUAGCCAGGGGAAUCGCCAAGUGCACACAUGCAAAGAUAUCACUCAUCCCUCCGCCAUGAAUGAGAAAAGCCAAAGAAAUGAGCUUCUGAUGUCCACGGCAGGUCAGCCAGGCGAAAGUGGCAAUCCUGUUUUCAGUUUGAGAUCUAAAAGAUGUGUGGGAAUAUAUAGAGGUAUCACAAAGUCAAAGAAAGGAUGUGCCUCAAAAAUAGAUUCCAAACAGCUGUUAGAACACACAACAUUACUAAACGCAAAUCCAUCUUGCUUGAACAUGCUCUACAGCAUCUACUCCAUUCUUAAGACUGGAUUUUUCUGUUGGCGGGCCCUGAACAAUCAAACCUCUGCUGAUGAUUCAGAAUGAAGUGGUGGUGUAUCUGGCCUCAAAUGUUAAAGGGAAUCCACAUCAUACCCUCUCUUUAGGCUCUUUAAAAAUAUGCAAAAUCUGUACUGAACC